AUGAAGGUUGUCGAAAAAAAGUCAGUUCUUACUGUUGAAUUCACAAAAACGCACAUAGGUCAUAAAAAUGAUAUUGGGAGAAUGAAGCUCAGUGACCAAGAAAGAAAUGUUAUUGCUUCGAAAUUAUUGAACAAAAUUCCUAUUUCAGUUAUAUUAGAUGAUAUCCGUGAAUCCCUUACUGAUGAAUUGCAGGCAGUCCAUCUCUUGACGAGAAAAGACAUUUUAAAUAUAAAAAAUCAGUACAAUGUUUGCAAUGGCGUUCUUGAUUCCAGUGAUGCUGUGAGUGUGGAAACUUGGGUGGAGAAUAUGAAAGGCAGUGAAGGCUCUCCAGUUGUUUUAUACAAACCACAGAGUUCAACGCAUGAUAUAUUAACACCAGAGAACUUCCUCCUGGUCAUAAUGAACCCUUCUCAAACUCACAUGUUAAGUCAAUAUGAAAAUGAUGUGAUUUGUAUUGACUUCACUCAUGGGGUUAAUGCUUAUGGAUUCGAUCUUGCUACUAUUGUAGUUUUAGAUGAUAAACGAGAAGGCUUCCCUGCUGCAUUCAUUAUAAGCAACAGGCAAGAUAGUGUUGCUCUUUCUGUAGCACUUCAUGCUAUAAAACAUAUUUGUGGGAAUAUCUCUCCCAAGGUCCUUAUGACGGAUGAUGCGGAAUCAUUCAACAACGCUUGGAAGGACACGUUCGGAGAACCUCAGAAGCGUCUCCUUUGCUCUUGGCAUAUGGAUCGAAGUUGGCGGAAAAAACUUUCAGAAUUGGUGCCAAAUAAGGAAGAGCAAGCCAAUAUUUAUAAAAUCAUAAGAUGUCUGCUAUCAGAACCAGAUCUCAACACUUUCAUUGUGUUAGCAGAAAAUGCUGUGAAAUUGUUUCAAGAUAAUGAAGUUUCAAAACGCUUUGGAGUUUAUUUUGAAAAAAACUAUUUGCGCAGAGCUGAAGUAUGGGCUUAUUCAUACAGAAAGUGGGCUGGUCUUAAUACGAACAUGCAUAUUGAGCGUAUGCAUCGAACAAUUAAGUGCAUAUACUUAGAGGGGGAAAAGGUCAAACGCUUAGACAAAACGAUCCAUUGCCUCAUGCAAUUUGUGAGAGACAAGUUGUUUGACCGACUCAUUGCUUUAGAGAAAGGCAAGAUAUCAACGUUACGCAAUAGGCAUAAGACGAGUAAAAGUCUAACAUCUGAUAUAUAUCCACAGAACGAAAAUGAAUGGGUAAUACAUUCUCAAACAAGAAUCGGGGAAAUGUAUUACGUUCGUAAAGCUGAUGAAUGCAGUAAGGAAUGCCCUUUAUUGUGUAAAGAAUGUGGUUAUUGCAUUCAAAAUUUCACUUGUAGCUGCAUUGAUAAUGCCAUACAAUGGAAUAUGUGUAAGCAUAUUCAUGCAGUUUGCUCACAAGUUAAAGACGCCGCAGUUUCUACAGAAGUGGUAGACAACAAUAUCGAAACCUCUCCCGAAGAUGAUUUGAUAAUUGAUGAAAAUGAAUUGCAGGUUAUCAAAGACAAUGAAAAGGAUGUUCAUGUCACAUCGUUAAAAAGAAAAGUUGAGGAUAUUGAUGAAUUAAAAUCAGAUGUGAAAAAACUUCAUAUUGAACUGGGUAAAGUAAUAGAGGAAUGUGAUUCCCAGGAAUAA